CGUCGGAAAAAAAUCGCGUCUGGAAGUAAUUGUACGGUGUUGUCCGCGUUCGUUUUUAUCUAAUCGUGAUUAAGUUAUUGUUCUGGAUUCGCGUGUGCUUGCGUAUACGUACUAAGAUAUAAAUCUAGCAAUGGCUUAUCAGGGAGGUUUUCCGCAACAGCAGUACGGAGGCUAUGGACAACAUCCGGCGGCCGCUGGUUACGGUGGUGGCUACGGUGGUUACGCACCGCCACCCCAGCAGCCUCCCGUCAAUCCGGAAAUUCAGAACAUCUUCCGAAACAUCGAUAAAGACAACACGGGGCGUAUUAACAACCGCGAACUGCAGCAGGCACUCAUUAAUGGCCGAGGCGACCACUUUUCGGACACCGCCUGUAACCUGAUGAUCAGCAUGUUCGAUCGGAACAAGACCGGUACGGUGGACAUUUACGACUUUGAGAAGCUAUACAACUACAUCAACCAGUGGCUGCAGGUGUUUAAAAAUUUCGACCGCGACGCAUCCGGCCACAUCGAGGAAAAUGAACUAACCCAAGCAUUGACGCAGAUGGGCUUUCGCUUUUCGCCACAGUUCAUACAGUACCUGAUCGCGAAGAACGAUCCAGUCAAUCGGAAGGAAAUCUCGGUGGACCAAUUCAUCGUGACGUGCAUCCAGAUUCAGCGCUUUACCGAUGCGUUCCGCGUGCGUGAUACCGAGCAGAAGGGCAUCAUCACGAUCGGAUUCGAGGAUUUUCUAGGCAUUGCGCUGUCGAUGUGUUCCUAAAAUUGUGCGAGCGGGGACAGUUCAGGCCGAAGGAUCUUCGCACCCGAUUCGACGCUCUAACCUAACCGCUAUCGUUUAACAACACGGACACAAACACACACACACACACACAUACUCUACACACGCAGAAAGGUAAAAUAAUGCACGGUGGAAAAUCAACUGUUGAAGUAUUGUACUAAACGGACAAAAAUAAGCAGCGAGAACUAUGGCGGGGUGGAUGGAUGGUACCGGGAUGGAUGUUUGUCGAUGAGCCUUAUUCAGUUGAAUGAAAUACGCUUUUGUGAGAUUGAAUCAAAAUAACCCACUCAGAAAGGAAAAACAAAACUAAAAAAACCAUUGCUAUUUAAAUGAGCAUUUGAGGUGAGGAUGCAACGGUUAGAACCAGCCGCGGAACCAGCGACUCUACUACGAUUUGCGUACCGUAAACAAGAAACAAUCAGUGCAACAAGAUGCCCAAAACAUGUAAACCGUUAACAUCAUAACUUAUUCCAUGCCGAAACACCAAUAUUCAUCUUAUCGUACAUUGAUUGUGGGAGGGGUAAUAGUAAUAGCAGACCUACAACCAAACCACAAAACACAGCAGUUCCAGUAUCCGGAGUACCGACCGAUUAAACAACCAUAUGCGUCAUCAUUUAUCUAAUUUAAAAGGCAUGCUAUCAAUGGAGAUGGGAGUGAGGUACAGAUCUUGCGCUAGAAUAAAGAAGAGUAAAAGGGCAGGAUGGUAGGAUCUGAAGAAAAGGAGCAGAAUGAAGGGAUGCAGCCGCAUAUAAACACAUACAUCUUGGCAGCGUACGGUUCCGUUCGCUCGUGUGUGCUGGAGCUAGUUAUAUCUUUUGAGUUGAUUUGGCAAUGGUUUCUGCGCAAUGGAGUGCUAUCGUUCGUCUUAUGUGUGUGGUUAUAAGUUUUUCGCAACCGCCGCCAGCAAUCAGAUGAGAAUGGCUAGCGCGCGUUAGUGACUUCGUUGGUGGUGCCGGCGGCGAUGGUAACAACGACGAAGCAUUUAUUGUAUUUUAAUCUAUCGGUAAUAAAUGUACUAUUAUCUA